GCGAGGACUGCUUGAUAAAGAGCGGCAAACUGAGGUUGUAGUGAUGCUGCCGCUUCUGAGCGCAGCGGUCUGCUGCCGCUGACACUGCUAAUGAGCGGCAGGUCAGAACAAGUGGCCUCAACUAGAAGCCUCCCCAAGGGGAGUAGACAGAAACGUUAGCUGCGUACAGCGACAUUCUGCAUGUAUGCGCUGUAUGAUGUGCAUCAAUAAACCGUAUUUGGGCAGUUGCAUGGUUGUAAGCCCGGGGACCCAGAAACCGAAGUAAGGGAUACCAGUCCACUGGAGUUUAUGUCAUGGAGUGGUAAAAUCUAGUAAGUGUUGUGCUGUACAGUGUGCAUUUGUACGAGGCCGCGCCGUGCUUGUAGCCGGGUUAAGCAGUGCGAAACAAGAAGUCGGUGAUAGCCACUGUGUGCGUGCUAAUACAUAGGAGUGGACAGGUACUGCAAUAGUAGGUACUGCAAUGCAGGUAUAGAGCAAUCUGCGUUAGCAGGUGAUUAUACGUGAAUAUUGGUUUCGGAUUUUAUGACGUCGACCGAACCGUCGACUCUCAUUGGAAGUGGCCAUCGGUCCAGAAUGUGGCCUCGAUAAAGGGUCGGAACUGGGUAAGCUAUUGGAACAGUCUAUAAGAGCAUCUGACAAAGUCGGAAGGAACACUGGUUGCUGGUUCGUAAACCGGCAGCACAGGAGACGCGUCCGUUAGCGCACUCGGCGGAUGCCACAAGCGCCCGUCGACGCGCUACACCAAAGGAGCGCGUUCGACGCGCGCGUACGAUGGAGAGAACACCCGCUUCGGCAGCACGACCUCAGCAGCCGCAGGCACCGCAGCAACAUAAAGAACAGCUGAAGAAGCAGCAAGCCCAUUUGCAACGAUUUGCUUAUCACACGAGAACGAAAGCCAACUUCGAUUACAACGGUUACGUCGAUAGCAACGAGGAAGCGACGGCCAGGAACAAUAACCACGGGAAAAUUUAUAGCACCAAACUAUUCAUGACAUCUUGCUGCCGUAGCAAGAUACGUAAUGAGACGUUGAAGUCCCUGCUCAUCAAUCCUCACCCGAAGCAACAGGAGUCCCGCAUAGCGUCGAAGGCGUCAAAUAGAUGGAGCAGACUUCCGCUUGCGGGCCGACCUCAACAGUCGCAGCAGACUAUUUGCAGCUUCCACCUCGUUGCGCCGGUUCAGUGCCUUUACCGUCCACAGAACAUCAGGUACAACAAGUAUGGCAGCAAAACAACUCGAAGAACACAAAUAAUCCCACAUCAACAGCAACAACGCUCGUUCAACAGGCAAUGGCUUCCAGCCAGUACGAGCUCCAGGAUAAAAUCUUUCAACAUCUGUAGCGGCAUUAACAGCAGCAUCUGUUGGGCCGUCACAGCACAUAGUGGUCCAAAUAACAGUUACGGCAACUGCAGCAGAAGUCAUAUACUCAAGCACAAAGAGCUAUCCACUCGUGUAUAGGGGUCAGAAGAAGUUACGUCCUUCGGGGGAGGGGGCUGGCCAACGAAUGUGGCAUGCCUCACUCGCCAGUCCACGACACAUUCGCUACCGACCUCGCUCUUUUAUCAUUAUCCAGUUGCGGCUCGGAGAUAAACCGCAUCGUCCGCUGUGGAUUGACUUCAUCCUUCGCUAGCCAAGGUUGUGCCACUAGCGGUAGUGUUUAUACAGGUGUCUCGACAUUCUUCGACCUAACACCUGCUGGGGCGGGCCUUAACGCCUGUUGCAGUCACGCGCUAGGAAUCGCGGCCGGCGACGGACCCGGAUUCAUUACCCUCAUGGCUGCUGGACAGCCGCCAUCUGUUAAAGGCACGUCCAACAACGCCGUUGCCGACCUCGAGAACGAAUGUACCGCUGCUCCCCUCAUACAAGUCCAUGACGCAACGUUGUCCUCAUUGUCGGUCUCCGCCACGAUGUGCACCGGCCAGGGAGGCCUAGCAGCAGAUUAUCGUAGAUCAACAUCAGCACUGCACAACAGAUGCCCCGCUAGAAAUAGCUUGCUGCAAGUUCCUGCGGAAAGCUACGGGGGAUCUUCCGCGCAUGAUCCCUGCACCUUGUUUGAAGAGGAGUCAGACGUCAUCCGCAAUUGCUCACUUUUGUCGUCAACUGUUUUAGGGGGACUGAUGAAAAGCUUCUCAACAGGAGACAUUUCACACGUUUUUGAUCUAGAUCCACCUGACCCAUUACGAAACACCGUCUCGGAAGAGCUGAUCGCGAAUGAAGCUCACAAUGAUACUCCAUGGACUAAUCUUGAAGUGCCUAUGAAUCGUCAACUAGAUUGCGUGUCUCGUUCGUGCAGCACGUGGGUGGCCGUAGGAGAUAUGCACUCGGCUCAAUCCGCAAGCCAACUGCCUUCACCCUCUGCUCGAUGUGGGUCGGGAAACAUUCCUGGUUUUACGGCAACCGACCUUAUACAAUCCGUCAACAAAAAGGUCCGUCAGAUGUACAUUCGCCGCAGACUUUUGUCGACCUAUAAGGCAUUGGAAAGACUUACGAAAAGUCAGCUCAACCUCAGUGAGGCCUUGCAAGCCACCGGCCCGCAGGACCUCAAGAGAGACAUUCAGGACGAAUUGCGGCUUACUUCGUCAACUUCGGUUGGAGCCGGGGGCCGGACAGAUGGUCGGAAAACACCGUUAACAGCGCGGGACGUCGAACGCGAUCGGGGCAAACCUCUAACAAAAUAUGAGCGUAAUAUGAUGAUAUUUAAUUGGCUGCAUAAUCUCGAUGACAAUGUUGACAAUGCGACGCCACCCUUUGACCUACCAUCGAAUAGCAAUAGUACCAAUGGAGGACCGCAACAACCGGUGCAACAGGCCGCCUGAGGGAACAGUCUUAAGUGCCGUAUAAAAGGACUGUAAGUAUCGUUCUUACAGACACAGUAGAUUGCCAAGCCCAAGUUGCAGAAGGUAAGAAGCCAAAAAAAGGCCAAUAAACUCGCACAAGGUCAUCUCAAGCUGCACUUUUCCUAACAUAGGCUAGACAUCAUCAGCAAUUUCUGUUUCUUGGCCAUGACAUCGAGACUGAGUUAACAGAUAAUGCAGUAGCGUCGUACGAAACAAUAAGAAGACAUCAACAUAUUUUGGUUGGAAGAUCGUUCGAUCGCAUUUUUACAGUGGUGAUAUAUAUAUAUAUAUAUAUAUAUAUAUAUAUAUAUAUUGGGGAAAAUCAUGUUUAUUGUUGCAGUAAGCACUCGCCAAUUUUUGUUUAAGCUUUAAACGGGCUAAUCGAGAAUUUUGUAGACCGAUUUGUUUGCUUUAGUGCUAUUUCCUAAAUAUGCGUAUUGCUCCAAACUUAGAGAAUAAAAAGUCAUAAAAAGUGAUUAUGUUUUUAAGAUAACAUAAAAUGUUUGCUAAAUACAUAUACGAUGGUCAUGAGGCAUUUCAGACCAAAGAGAAUAAUAUAUAUUGAGUUGUGAACACAUUUAGUGAACAUAUUUAUUAAGGCACAGUUAAUAAACGUCGUUUUAUCACAUUUCGGGCAAUUGAUCAGUCAAUCUGGUACGAUAUCUUCGCGAGACAGCAAUUAUGUCUCCUCAUCAGAAUGAGUAUUCCAUCUGACCUUCGUACUACUGACCAUUCUAGUAUUAUUGCGCAAAUGUACACGUUUACUUAUAACCUUGCACACAAAUGACUCAGCAGGCACUUGAAGACGAUUUUCAUUCAUAUUUAUUGUAGUAACAGUCCUUCGAGCAUCUCCAAAUAUGGAGACGAUAAGGAAAAGCGCAUUUAGUCAAACAAUUGCUCCCUUACUUCCAACCCAUGGCAAAAGCAACAAGUUUCACGCUAUCUCUUACAGAUUCACCCUUAAAACAUACAGAAACAAGCCAAACAGUUUAUUUAACGGGUUCAUUCAUAUCAUAACAUCGAAAAUUAAGCUAACUUACAUUAACGAAGCUUAUAAUCGAUAUAUAACUGAUAUAAACAAUUAUGUCAUGUAGACAAUAUCGAACCUUACGUUUUAGUUUUAAGCAAAGUUGCAAAAACUAUAUCAAGGGAACAGUUAUCGAUCUAGGAAUAUUUUUGCACUUUAUAAACAUUCACACCUAUACACAGAAACCAUAUGUACGCAGAAAGACAUAAUUGUGCAUCGAAAUAUGCCAAAGUGCACGAGAAUGCUUCAAGAAGCAAAAAAAAAGAAUCAACAACCCAUUAUGAUAGUUACACACCUACACUUACAAUGGUAGUUUAAAACAAAAAAAAAAGCAACUAAAAGGAAGGUAUGUUCAAGGUGCUCCGUGGGUGUCAAAGUACGUGGGUCACGGCAUUAGUAUUAUGAUUACUGACAAAUAUUACCCAUAUAGUACUAUUUAUUAUUAUAUGUAUUGUUGCGGAGUAAUCAAUGUGAAGAGGGCUGCGUCAAAGCCGUACUGCCGGAAAAAAUACACGUAGCAGCCCACAUAACAGAUUUUGUAGUCGAACAUAAGUUGCAUGAUGGCGUUUUCCAUAAAUGUACAGAGGGACACAUAUAUAUCUCCAUAACAAGCAAAUGACGCCACUGGACUUAACAGACAGUUAUGCAACGGGGUCUCAUAAAGAGUAGAGAGACAAGUUUCUUUCGCAGAAUCAUGAAAACUUAUCAAUCUUUCCUAGGCAUAUAGCGGUAGGAGUAAUGGGCAUCAUUCACAAAUGUUAGUUAUAAAAAGUAAUAAUAAUGGUUAUAGCAUUAGGGAAAAUAACAAACAACAAUAGAACAAUAAGAUAGGUAGGAAUUGACUAGUGUAGUGAAGGUAUUUAGACACUAGUGAAACAAGAACAACAUCUCUCAUCGUGCUUCAUGUAUAUCAUGUACUGAAGGUGAAGACUACUAAAUAUAGAAGCUGUACGCUCACACGGUUGUUGCAUUAGCAAUGCGAAAGAAGGUCUGCGAGGCAACACCUCAAAACGGUAUGAUUGGCACGGAUUCGAGUGUAUGUAAGCAUAUAUACCGAAGAUCCACAGUGCAAUUGUUGACUGUGUCUGUAUGAUCUAAAGUUUUGUUUUGAUGUUAAAACGCUUUAAAUAAAGACGAAGAAUUUGAUUCGAGUCUAAAUUUAGGCUGCGCCCUUAAUGCAGACCUUCAGAGGUUAUGUUGAUGGAUUUAGGUGCGGGUGUUUCGAGAUAACCGGCUCGAUAGAAAAAGCGCUCACUUGAUAUAAAACGGCGAAUGAGCUGAAGAAAAAAGCUCAUAUUAGACAUUGGACUCUGUGAUCCGAUACAAGCUUUCUCUUGUAGCCUAUUCCUAAUCGGGGCUAUGUUAUACAAAUGCAAAAAAGGGAAAAAAAACAAAAUCAAAUAUACUCGUGAAUUUCUAAAAGUGAGUGACUAUCUUGACAUGUUGAAAAAAUUUAUCAAAAUCAGAUGGUAGUUUCGGGUGAUAAUUAUAGGGCAUUCGCAAUAAUGGAUAUUAUUCAAAGGUAUAAUGUGAUUCCACUUAAGAUGGCCACUUGUACGUAUCUUUUUAUUUAUUUCAGACUGGCAGCCUAAAUAAAAGUAGACACGAUCAUAGGAAAGCAAUGCAAUGAAAAUAAGCUAGCUGAGUAAAAAGCAUAAGACUAGAAGGGAGAAAACAGGUCCUUUAAUUCAGAAAAUUACAUGUGUCCUAAUGCACUAAUCUCAGCGAAAUCGAUCCGUCGUUGGCGACGUAUAGGAUCGGGUCGAGUCACCACGUCAGGUGAUUAUCACUACUACAUCAAUAAGCUUUUAUGUCAAAGGAAAAUAAAUAUAGCCCAAUAUAAUAAAACAUGUGGUCAUGAGACAGAUUUGCCGAUCGACUGAACAUACGACAUCAUCAAUAAUGGGAAAGCAAAUUAAUAAGUACGGCCUGUGCAAUCGAUCUGUUCUCAACCGGGACAUGUUGGUCGUUUUCCAAACUAUAAAAGAAGCACUAAAAAG